CUGAAGAAAUAUCUGGUGUGUAAUGCGCUGACAAGGCAAUUAAAUAGCACACAAGCGGAAAAAUGAUGCGAUAACCUCCUGACAUUCCUGGAAUUUCGCCACAGUGCACCUGUCAAAUUGGAAAACAUUGCAUUACCUGUUGCUGGAAAAGUGCUUUUCCGGACUGAUUUCUCGACAGGAAAGGCUGUAAUAGGCAGUAUUAUCGUGCCAUAGUGGGUGUAGUCAGCUGUGCUGAAGGAAUACCUGGGAAAUUGAGGCUAAUAGUGUGUGAAUUUAAUAGUAUUUGAAAGGUAUACACAUGUUUUUCACGUGCAAUGGCCGCAAGGGCUAAACAUUCAUGCGUUGUCUCAAUAAAAAUACACACAAAUUGAUGUCAUCACAAUAUUUUGCACAAAGAUGUGAUGCAAUAGUGAUUGAUUGACGAGUAGAGCGAGCCUGAAAACAUGAUGUUUUCGCUGAGAAGGCUCAGUUUGCCUUUGUACAUUGUGGCGAAGGGAAGUCUUUCCGGAAGCAUUUCAACCAUGAGGGAAUUCAUGAAGAGUGUCUCGGUGGAGAAGAAGCUAUUGAUUCACAGCAAUAGCUUCAGCCGGAUGGCCAAGUUGAUAAAUGGACUGCAGAUUGCGAAGCAAAUCCGCGAGGAGCUGCGAUUGCAGGUGGAGGAGUGGAUGCAGCAGGGCCACAGGCAGCCACAACUCACGGCUGUGCUGAUUGGCGAUGAUCCCGCCAGCCAGACUUAUGUGAAAAACAAGAUGAAGGCAGCCGCCGAGGUGGGCAUCAGCAGCAACACGAUGAACCUCCCGGACACGAUCAGCGAGGAGGAGCUGCUGAGUGUUAUCGAGAAGCUGAACGAGAGCACGGAAGUGGAUGGAAUUCUCGUGCAAUUGCCACUGCCGGGCCACAUUCACGAGCGCCGCAUCUGCAAUGCCGUGAGUUGCGACAAGGAUGUGGAUGGUUUCAAUGAGAAGAACGUGGGCCGCCUGUGUCUGGACAUGAACACUCUCAUUCCCUGCACGCCGCUCGGCGUACAGGAGUUGCUCAAGAGGACGGGAAUCGAGACAUUCGGACGCAAUGCUGUGGUUGUGGGGCGCAGCAAGAACGUGGGCAUGCCCAUCUCCAUGCUUCUGCACGCAGACGGACGCAAUGACACCGACGCCAUGGACGCCACCGUGACGAUUUGCCACCGUUUCACGCCGCCUGAGGAGUUGGCGCGCUUCUGCCGGAGCGCAGACAUCAUUGUCAGCGCCACGGGUGUGCCGGGACUGAUCAGGGCGGACAUGGUGAAGCCUGGCGCGUGUGUGAUUGACGUGGGCAUCACAAGGAUCAAGGACGAGAUUACGGGGAAGACGCGCUUGGUGGGCGAUGUGGACUUCGAGGAGGUGCAGAAAGUGGCCGGACACAUUACGCCCGUUCCCGGCGGUGUGGGACCCAUGACAGUGGCCAUGCUCAUGAAGAACACCAUCAUUGCAGCUAAGAAUCUCGUGAGGAAGCGCCAGGCUGCCAAAUAGAGCAGUAUUUUGCGAAAUAAAACAGUCUUCAUGACCAGGAAAUUCAA